AUGAAGUCUCUCCUCGCUCAACUUGCUGCUACGGCUGUACUGGCUCAAUCCAGUAUCAACAUGCCGCCCUGCUUGUCGGCUUGCAUGUCACCUUAUCCUGAUCCACACUCAUCACUGACCUGCAUGUCAAAUUGGACAUCCGCCAUCUCUUCAUGCAUCGAUGGCUCAUGUAGCGUCUCCGUCUCUUCGACUGAUGUCAAUACUCGUACGAGCAUGUUCUUCACACCCAGCUAUGACAACUCAUGUCAACAGAGCCCCAGCGAUGAACUGUCUCAACCCCGGUCCAUGCUACAACUGCGGCCUGGCAUCUGUCAAACCAGCUCUUACCACUUCCAAUCGUUCCUGAUCUCCACUGGCCAGAACGGCAUCCAGCAAGACUGUUCGCUGGGUCUGUUUGAGGAAAGUCAUUGCGCAGGUGGCACAAGAGAAGUGCCCUUGGAUGAAACUCUUGCUUCAACUGGGCAAUGCUGGCUGGUUAGUGGUCAAAGUGUGAUGCUGUCGUGUGGUGAAGGAGGAACUGCAUCCGACAACCAGGCAGGCACAACCACCGUUGCCACCGCUAUCCACUCAGCAUCAGCCUCAUCGAAUCACACAACCGGCAUAACGGGCGAUCCUCCUACAUCGUCGAAUGCAAAUUCACUGGCAACCACCAGUAUCGCUGUCAUCAUCCCUAGUGUUGUCUCUAUCAGCGGCAACAGCGUCGAGAAAGAAGUGGUCAAGAGAGGUGGCACUGCUCAAUGGGCCUUGGUCGUCGUCGUCUUUGCUAGA